AAGAAAAUAGCAGCAACCGUCAACAGAGCACGGCAAACCGAACUAAAGAAAACGAAAUUCACUUCGUAAAAUCUCACACUCACUCUCCCUCUUUGCGCUCUCUCUCUCUCUUCCCCUCUCUCUCUUCUAGACCCAUUCUGAAUAUAGACACCAUCGCAACACCUUUUGAUUGUCUCUCAUUCUCGUUGGCUUUGACAGUUUUUGUUCUUAGGAAUCUGGAGGACAAAGGACUUGUCUGGUCAUGGCUAGUAAUGCAGCAGCCUGUGCCGAGAGAGCAACCAGCGAUAUGCUAAUUGGUCCCGACUGGGCAAUAAAUAUCGAGUUGUGCGAUAUCAUUAACAUGGACCCUGGGCAAGCGAAGGAGGCCUUAAAGAUUCUCAAGAAGCGCCUAGGCAGUAAAAAUCCUAAAAUACAACUUCUGGCUCUUGUUGCAUUGGAGGCUCUCAGCAAGAAUUGUGGUGAGAAUGUAUUUCAGCAGAUAAUUGAUCAUGAUAUCUUGCAUGAAAUGGUUAAGAUAGUGAAGAAGAAGCCAGACUUGCAUGUGAGGGAAAAGAUACUAAUUUUGAUAGAUGCAUGGCAAGAAGCUUUCGGUGGACCAAGAGGAAGGUAUCCCCAGUACUAUGCAGCAUAUAAUGAACUGAAGUCUGCUGGAAUUGAAUUUCCUCCCCGAGAAGAGAACAGUGUUCCAUUAUUUACUCCACCCCAAACCCUGCCAAUAGUUCCUCAUGCUUCAGCAUAUGAGGAUGCUGCUAUUCAGACCUCUCUACAGUCUGAUGUGUCUGGCCUCAGCUUGUCCGAGAUUCAAAAUGCUCAGGGACUGGCUGAUGUGUUAAAUGAUAUGCUUGGUGCUUUGGAUCCCCAUCAUCCUGAGGGUGUGAAGCAAGAAGUAAUCGUAGACCUUGCCGAUCAGUGCCGUUCUUACCAACAUCGUGUUAUGCUUCUUGUGAAUAAUACUGUAGAUGAGGAGCUUCUUUGUCAAGGAUUGGCAUUGAAUGAUAAUUUGCAGCGUGUACUUCGUCAGCAUGAUGAUAUUGUCAAUGGGAUGUCUACUGUAGGAGUAAGAGAAACUGAAACACCAGUUGUGCCAGUUUUGAAUGUGAGCCAUGAAGAUGAUGAAUCAGAAGAUGAUUUUGCACAGCUAGCUCAUAGGAAACCAGCCAUCACAAAGACUGAACCUGUGCGAGUUAGUCCAGUUCUCCCUCCUCCCCCUUCAUCAAAGAAGCCAGUCGCCACAGAUUCUGUCAUGAUUGAUUAUCUCAGUGGUGAUGUCUACAAAUCUGAAAGAUCCCGUGAAACAUCAGAACCAACACCCUUUGCAGUCUCAGAACAUUCCAACCAGACUUCCACACCACUGUUUUCUCCUAUACUUUCUUCCUCUCCCGCUACAAACGAUAGCAUUAAUCCCACUGCGGCAAAGCCUAUAUUUACAGGACGGCCUGUAUAUGAUGUACCAGCUUCCGCGAGCAAAUCUGGAGACCAUCUUCCUCCAACUCCUUGGGAUACUCAGUCUCCCGGAAACCUUCCACCCCCACCGUCCAGGUAUAAUCAGAGACAACACUUUUUCGAGCAGCAAAAUUCAGGUGGUGCAUCUCAUUCAGAUAGUGGAUCAGGUUCCUCUUAUGACAGUUUAGUGGGGCAUACCCAGAAUCUCUCGCUUAAUCCAUCUGCUCCAACCAAACAAGCGAAUUCGGAAGAUGCUCUUUUCAAAGAUCUGGUUGAUUUUGCAAGAGCCAAAUCUUCUUCUUCUUCUUCUUCCUCCCCGUCCAAACCCAAUCGGUCAUUUUGAGCAAUUAUGAAUAUUUUUAUUCUAUCAGGUUUUGGCAUUAGACCAUGAGAUUACUUGUUCAAUUCUUGUUGUUAGGGAUCGGACUUUGGAUUAUGGUUUAUCUAUGAUGCCUAGCUGGUUUAUAUUGAAGAUGAA